CUCAGCACCAGCCCAACCAGCCAGGGGUACUCUCGGGAGCAACCUCGCAUCCACAACAAGCUCUAUUGCGACCAGGUCCAGCGCAAGGUGUCGUCGACCGUGUUGCUGAAGCUCAGUAACGACGACUUGCGGUCGGUCAAAUCGCACGCUGAGUUGGCAGAAACCGCCAAUGGGGUGCGGAUGUUGGCCAAGAACUUGUCCAAGGCCACCAUCCAGCUCGACGUGCGAGCCAUCAUGAUCGUGACCAAGGCGCGGGACAACUCGUUGAUCUACUUGACCCGCGAGGUGGUGGAGUGGCUCUUGACGCGCCACAAGGACAUCACCGUGUACGUGGACCGCAGCUUGGCCAAGCUGAAGCGGUUCAACGCAGCAGAAAUUAGCGAAGCCUGUCCCAAGGCCCGUGAGUACCUCCGGUUCUGGGACAAGAAGGUCGCUUCCCGCAAUCCCGAGCGCUUCGACUUGGUGCUCACGUUGGGAGGCGACGGUACCGUGCUCUACGUGUCUAACAUGUACCAACGAGUGGUACCGCCGGUGAUCCUGUUUGCAUUGGGGUCGUUGGGGUUCUUGACCAACUUCAAGUUCGAGCAUUUCCGCGACACCAUGACCCUGGUGCUAGACGCUGGAGUGCGAGCGUACUUACGGAUGAGAUUUACCUGCCGAGUGCACCGUGCUGACGGCACUGUGGUGUGCGAUCAGCAGGUGUUGAACGAGUUGGUGGUGGACAGGGGACCCAGUCCGUACGUGACCCAGUUGGAGCUCUACGGCGACGGCUCGCUUUUGACGGUGGCCCAGGCUGACGGACUUAUUAUUGCUACGCCCACUGGCAGCACAGCGUAUUCGUUGCUGGCAGGUGGUUCGUUGGUGCACCCUGGCGUCAGCGCCAUCAGCGUGACCCCCAUCUGUCCCCACACGUUGUCGUUCCGCCCCAUUUUGUUGCCAGACGGCAUGUUCUUAAAGGUCAAGGUGCCGGAAACCAGCAGGGCCACUGCGUGGGCAUCGUUUGACGGCAAAGUGCGUACCGAGUUGAGCAGGGGCGACUACGUGACUAUCCAGGCCAGUCAGUUCCCGUUUCCGACCGUGAUUUCAUCAAAAACGGAGUACUUUGACAGCGUGAGCCGCAACUUGAACUGGAACGUACGGGAGGCCCAGAAGCCAUUCAGCCACUUGUUGAGCGAGGGCAACCAGAAGCGGUACCGCAAGCACGACCCCGUGAGCCUCGAGAACCUCCACAUUGAUACUUAUGACCACGAGAGCGAGUUCGACAUCAACUACACCAGCGAUAGCUCGUCAUCCACGCCCAGCGACGGCGACGGCGACGCUAGUGUGCUCGAGAUCAGCCCCCUGCCCACCACAUACGGCAAUGGUGACGACCGGACGUGCUACGCGCACCCCAAGGCCAAGAUCUCACUCUUUGGA